UGUGUGUAGGAUCCAUGGCUGAGCUGGAGGCGUUGACAGGAGUGAAAGUAACUGAUCUGCAUCGGGAGAGCAUUGACCAGUUGACUAUCCCGUCCCGCUGUGGUAAAGGCGUGUUGCGCAGGGUCACUGAGGUGUUUGACUGCUGGUUUGAGUCGGGCAGCAUGCCCUACGCCCAGGCCCACUACCCCUUUGAGAACAGGAAGGAGUUCGAAGACACCUUCCCCGCUGACUUCAUUGCUGAGGGCAUCGACCAGACCAGAGGAUGGUUCUACACCCUCCUGGUGUUGUCCUAA